AUGGAGGGAAGUCAUAUCAAUUGUUCUGAAUGUGACAAACCUUUUACACACAAGAGCGAGCUUACAGUACACCAAAGAGUUAAUACUGGAGAGAAGCCAUAUCAGUGUUCUGAAUGUGAUAAAGCUUUUACACAGAAGUCACAUCUUAUCAGACACCAGAGGAUUCACACUGGAGAGAAGUCAUAUCAGUGUUCUGAAUGUGAUAAAGCUUUUACACGGAAGUCACAUCUUAUCACACACCAGAUUGUUCACACUGGAGAGAAGCCAUAUCAGUGUUCUGAAUGUGAUAAAGCUUUUACACAGAAGUCAAGUCUUAUCACACACAAGCCAAAUCAGUGUUCUGAAUGUGAUAAAGCUUUUACACAGAAGUCAAAUCUUAUCACACACCAGAGGAUUCACACUGGAGAGAAGUCAUAUCAGUGUUCUGAAUGUGAUAAAGCUUUUACAGUGAAGUCAAGUCUUAUCAAACACCAGAGGAUUCACACUGGAGAGAAGUCAUAUCAGUGUUCUGAAUGUGAUAAAGCUUUUACACAGAAGUCAAAUCUUAUCACACACCAGAGGAUUCACACUGGAGAGAAGUCAUAUCAGUGUUCUGAAUGUGAUAAAGCUUUUACACGGAAGUCAGAUCUUAUCAGACACCAGAGGAUUCACACUGGAGAGAAGUCAUAUCAGUGUUCUGAAUGUGAUAAAGCUUUUACAGUGAAGUCAGAUCUUAUCACACACCAGAGGAUUCACACUGGAGAGAAGUCAUAUCAGUGUUCUGAAUGUGAUAAAGCUUUUACAGAAAAGUCAAAUCUUAUCACACACCAGAGGAUUCACACUGGAGAGAAGUCAUAUCAGUGUUCUGAAUGUGAUAAAGCUUUUACACAGAAGUCAAAUCUUAUCACACACCAGAGGAUUCACACUGGAGAGAAGUCAUAUCAGUGUUCUGAAUGUGAUAAAGCUUUUACACAGAAGUCAAAUCUUAUCACACACCAGAUGAUUCACACUGGAGAGAAGUCAUAUCAGUGUUCUGAAUGUGAUAAAGCUUUUACUCAGAAUUCACAUCUUAUCACACACCAGAUUGUUCACACUGGAGAGAAGCCAUAUCAGUGUUCUGAAUGUGAUAAAGCUUUUACACAGAAGUCAAAUCUUAUCGCACACCAGAGGGUUCACACUGGAGAGAAGUCAUAUCAGUGUUCUGAAUGUGAUAAAGCUUUUAUACAGAAGUCACAUCUUAUCAGACACCAGAGGAUUCACACUGGAGAGAAGUCAUUUUAA